AACUCAGGUUCCCAGGCCCCAACUAACAGUACCACAGAAGAAGUACGUGAAGAACUAUCCUCUUUGUUGUCUUGGAACCUGCCUUGGCCACACUGUUCCACCGCUAUGUAUUUUGCAAUCAUAAGUAUUUUGAUGUGUCUUGGGUCUUCAGUGGUGAUUGCAUUCGUCCUGCAUCCGCUCAGUGAGGACCCUGCAACUUCAGCUAAUUCUCAGUUUUCCCAUCAAAGGUGCCAGGAUGAGUCAUUGCAGUCCAUCAGAAAGGGUCUGCUGAGGGCUCUCAACAUGCAGACUGAGCCACAGGUGCCGGCUGGUACAAUAGAUAGCGUCCGUGAGCAGUGGCUGAGAACAUUCACCACUAUCCCUCAAAGUGUCAGGAAGAUUGCAGCAGCUGCUGAUUACCCUGUACCGCAGGACAGUGGAAACAGCACAGGAAUGAGAUGUUGCUCUGUAGCCUCAGAGAUCUUCAUGAAAGACCUGGGCUGGGACAGCUGGGUAAUCCAUCCUUUGAGCCUGAACAUUGUUCAGUGUGCUCUGUGCAACCCUGCAGAUGGCACCAUGCAAUGUCCCUCCUCCUCCUCCAGUGUCCAGGAUGCCAGCACACAGGGCCAUUUGCCAUGUUGCCAGCCCACCUUGCAAGAAAACCUUAAUCUGGUCUACAUGGAUGAAGCCGGCGCCAUUGUCAUCUCUCCGGUGAUGCUGACAAGAAGCUGUGGCUGCAGACCUGGGAACGCCCAGCAGCCCAGUGUAGAAUAGACUGGGGUAUGUCCUGCAGUCUUUGGCAUAAAAUCCCAAAACAUCUUUGUACACAGAUCGCCCACCUGUAUUGCUGUCUGUUUCUCUAUCUUUAAUUGUUAUUUAGUGUACUCAGCAGUAAUCGUGGGAACCAAAGCAAAGUCUCGGUUUUGAAUUCCUGCUGCUCCCUUGUACUGAAAACAGAUUUCUUGAGCCUGCAAGUAAUAAAAAAUAUGUUUCUGCCCAUGACCACUACAUAAAUGUGCUGUUUUAACAAAAAAUCAGCAUCAAAGACAUGAAAAAAAGAUAUUGUAUUUUUAAAAGCUUUGAUUUUCAAUCUAAUUCAGCAGGAAAAGACCAUAGAAAGGUUCCGAUGACAUGUACAUGAAUGAUCCUCUCGAGGACAGUUGAUUUAUUUAUAGCUGCUAACAGUUACUCAGUGUUCCUUUCAAAAAUGUGAGAGAGGGCUAUGCCAAAUACUCCACACGCCAGUUUUUUUUUUUUUUCUUCACUGAAUAGUGAGGCCACUAUGUCCUCCUAUGGGAAAGAUUACAAUUUGUUCUCAGCAGGGAAUCCAGGGUCGAAAAUAAGUGUGUAUAUUUUACAUUGCCUUAUAUUGAUUUAAAGUGAACGCUUGGUUUGGAAUCUCUAGAAUGUUUAUAAAAGUAAUCAAACUUUAAACCUCAUGAAAUUAUAAUAAUUAUAGUCUUCUUUUUUACUCAAAGCUGUAAAAUUACUGUAUUCAUAAAAACAGUACAAAGUAAGGUCAUAUAAAAGUACCAAAAAUGUAAAAUUUCAUCAGUUAAAGACUAAAUCAACAAAGAUUAGGGAAUAAAUAAAAACACUUUUACAAUUUUUUAUUCCAAGUCAUUACUUGGCAUACAACCUUUGGGCAUUCCACCUUUUAAAGGAAACAGCAUUUGUGUUUUUAGAAUAAUUAAAGUGCAGUGAUGGAACAUUCAGAAUGUUUACAGAAAAACACCCUGCAAUUAAAACCUGGUGUCGGUUUAAUUUGAACCUGACAACAAAUAAGACCGACUCUCCACUGGUAAUGUGAAAUGUCCAGUCUUUUCUAACAAACAAAUGCCUCUAUGUUUAUCAAAGAGACUUUAAUUCAAAUGUGCUAAACUCUUAGAUGAUCAUUUAUAUGUAUACACUGCAAAAAAAUUAAAUCUAAGUAAGUAAAUUUUUCUUAAAUUAAGUGCAUUUUUCUUGAAUUAAGCAGGUAAGUAAAAAAAUACAAUUUACAUUUUAAAUAAGAAAAAAAAACUGCAGCUGCAACUGCAUCUAAUUCUCUUAUUUUGAGGCUAAACAUACUAAUUCCAUUGGCAGAUCAUUGUAUCUACCAACUCAAAUUAAGGGUAAAUACGUUUAUUUGAAUUUUUUUUUACUCGUUUUAAGAUCGUUUUUGCAGUGUAUAUCUUAUCAAUUUUUCCUAUGUAAGAAUUCUUUUUCAUGUUUUAAUUAUUCAAACUUUAAAAUUGAAACACUUAUUUCCCUGUUGUUUUUUUUUAGCUGUAGAUCUACUGCUAAAAAAUGCUUCUCUCAAUAUUCAAUAUACAUUCAGUGCUUUUUUAUUGUUUUAUUGUUGUUUUUAUCUAUGUAAAUUAAUAUGAUUUAUUAGUGGUGACAAUUCUCAUUUUUUUCAGUACUUUUAUGUAAUUCUUGUAUUAACGUCACAAAGUUACCUCACAGUUUAAGUUUUUGAGUUUUAUUUACACCGUGUGCAACUAUUCAGUUAAAAAAAAACACUUUUAGACCCAAUUUUUAGGACACUCCUUUGCUUUUCUAAUCAUUUGUAAUGAUUCUGUGAUU